AUGAUUUUAGAUAAACAUUCUAUCUGCUUUUUUGUUUAUCAUUUUGUUUGAAAACCUUACAAAUUCUAAUAUCAAGAAAAGGAUAUUUCAGAAAUCGAAAGUCUGAAGUGAAUGAAAAAUUGUGCCAAAAAAAUAGGAAAUUGAUGAAGGUCAUUUCGAAUUACAACUCAAACAACUUUAUGACGGAAAGGUAUGUUAGAGAAAAGAACCAAUUUUCAAGAAUAAAAAUAAUCGUACUUUUCAGAUGGAAGAAGUAAAAGAAGAAAUAGAGUCGGCGAGAAUUCGAGAUAAUUCAGUUCAUCCGUGGCAACAAUAUUAUGAAUUGGGUACUUCUGGAAAACCAAACAAAAAAGGACUAAAAAAAAUAUUUUUCAAGUGCAAUCUUCAAGAUAUUCAAAAAUUCAGAAUAACUUCGAAGAACGUAUGGGUCAACGAACCACGAUUCACGAAUGGUGCUGAUUUUGAUAAGACAACAUCGAAAAUAGUGGACUAUAUUCCGAAGAAACCAUUUGCUUUUUUAUUCAGUGAUUUCAAAACGAGGAAAUGUUAUAAUUUUGACACCACUGUUCAACGAAGUUGUUGCUAAUGAUCGGCUCGAUCUUCGUUUAGUUCAUCUCAACAAACAUGCUAUUGAUCUAUUGAAUCCAGGAAGAAUUAAAAUCGAAGAUUAUUAUAUCGGAGAUAUUUUGUGUGUUUUUAAACUACAACAGAAGCAAAUGAGAAGAGGAUCGACUAUUUUUAAAUUCACCGAAAAAAAUGUUAUGAAACCAAAUGGAAAACACUUCUGGGAAGUUGCAGAAUAUUGCGAAACUCUUCGUGAUAUCAGCUUGGUUGAGAUCUUUGUCUCCAUAUCGUACUUCGAAAGGAAAUUUUCUCUGUGUUUCUUCAUCGUUUUCAACAGUUAUUGAAAUGAACAAAGAUAUAUUGCCUGGUGCUUAUAUCAAUCAACUUCUAUCAGCUGAAGUGGUUUCUCCAAUACUAACCCCUGGCCAAUUUUUACUAAAUUUUAACAAAGACAACAGAAUUACUGUAGCGAAAAUGUCGCCAAGAUUGAUAACUACAAAUACUUAUGCACCAUUCGUAAUUUCUGCUAAAGAAGCAUGUUCAGAGGUGAAAGAAAUAUUCGAAAAUUAUCAAAAUGCAUUUGCAAAAUAUAAUCGAGAAAAAGCAUAUGGAAUAUUAGAAGUUACAAUUGGAUUUGGAUCAAACGGAUUAUUGGCAAUUAAAAAUCAAAAUAUCGAUUCACAUCGAUAUAAAACAAAACUUCAAGAAUAUACCGCUGAAAUUCCAUAUGCAUAUUUCAGCUUCACAAUUUAUGAUCUAAAUGACCCACCUACAGCAAAAAAAUGGAAUCGUGCAGUAAUGGUUAAAAUCAGCACCGAAACUGAUUUUUUCUAUGCGGAUGUUCUUAGCGCACAGAAAAACAGAGAAAACUUAUUGGUUCAAGCAAGAUGCGCAUUGGAAUCGUUCGAUUGGGACAUGUUCAAAAGAUUAGAAAAUCGAACUGUUGAAGUGAAACAAUGCAAAGAAUAUAAAUCAUGUCCAAUAAAUUAUGAAAUCGAUGAAAAUUCGAAUGCUGAUAAACUUAUUCAAGCGUUAUAUGGCGGAAAUCCAAUCCCAUUUAUUGAUUUUGCCAUUGAAAGUAAUAUUAGUAUUGGAACAUUUAAACUUCUUGAAACUCAAACAAAAUAUGCAAAAAUGGUGGCUGAUGAGAAAUUGAGUGCCUUGAUCGGAUCGAGUUCAUUUGGAUGUGGAAAAACUGCAGCAAUUGCAUCAGCCGCAAUUCAUUCACUUCAUGUCAAUCCAAAAUCACUCCAAAUGGUUACAGCUGUUACUAACAGUGCUGUUGUUGCUUUAAUCGAGAAGAUAAUUCAAUUGAAACCAAAUAUCAAAAUUGUUCGAAUUAUUUCCACUCACAACACGACAGUUCUUCCAUCAACUCAAUUGACAGAUUUUGAUUAUCCUACUGUACUUGCUGAAUUAUUGAAAGAAUGUGUGAUGAAUCCACGAUGUGACAUUGCAGAAAAUCUCUUGAAUCAAAUGCUGGCCUAUUUGAAAAAACACAAUAUUCUUUAUACAAACUCUUUCAGAACGGUUAGAAUGAGAAACAUGUUCCAAAAUGCUAAUGGAUAUAAUGAUGAAGAUAUAUUGAAUUUCUUUAUGGAUCAUGAGAAACCAACAAUUAUUGUGGGAACUGUUGCAUCUAUUCUCUAUUUUUUCUCAAAAUCAUGGAAAUCUUGGGUUAAUCGAGUGAAUACAAUUCAAAUUGAUGAGGCUUCCGGUUUACCAAGAGAAACACUUCUUAAAAUUACAACACUUUUCCCAAAUUCAAAAUAUUCAUUGGUUAGAGAUUACCGACCACCUCAUAUUUAUUAUGAAAGUGACGCAUCCAAACUAAUAAUUGAUACUGCGAUUGGAGAAACACUUCGAGAUUGUCUUAGUAAAAAUCGAUUUCCAUCUGUGCAUUUCAAUGAAGUUUUUAGACGUAGGCGAAAAAUCGUACAAAAACUUGGAAAAAUAUUCUAUGAUUCGACAUUGGAGAGUUUCCACAUCAGAGACGGUACAGAAACAGAAUUGCAAAAUAGUCCAUCACCCAAUCUUCAAACUUCAAAUAAAUCUCCAAUUAUUUUCAUCAGCACUGAUAGAUCAAAACAUUCAAAACGAGGAACAUUAUUAACAAAUACUGGAGAAACAAAAACAGCAGUGCGUUUAGCUAAGCAUCUAUUGAAAUAUAUUGAUAAAGAAGAUAUUGCAAUUUUAUGUUUUCAUCGAGCUCAAAUAAACGAGUUGCGUUGUGCGAAAAGUGGAGUUUAUGUAGGAAGUGUGGAUUCUGUACAAGGUAAUCAUAAUAAAUGAGCGGAAUUCACAUUAAAUUUAUUUUGGUUACAGGUAGAGAAUGGCCAGUUUGUAUAAUUUGUACAACACGAACAUUAAACUACGACACGUCUUCUUUUAUGGUGGAUGCUCGUCGCAUUAAUUUUGUACUUUCAAGAAGCAAAAUACUCACCUUCAUUUUGGGACACAGUAAAACUAAAUCUGGUGCUCAUUUUUGGAAAGAUAUUAUCACAACAAGCUUGGAGAAUAAGACUUUGGUGGAAUCAGAUGACUUUGAAAAUAUCCUUGAUCCGGGUAUGUGUUAGUUAAUUUGGAAGCAAAUUCAUUUAUAUUGUUAAUUUUUACAGAAAAUUCAAGCACUGACUCUGACGACGAAUAUCAAUUCAUGAAUUAA